AUGGAUACCCAGCGGCGCCUAGGGGACCUCGAGGUGGCUUUCAACAGGAUAAUCACCCUGGACGCCGGCUCACACCGCGUUGCCAGCGCUUCGCCCCCCGAGGAGGCCGCACAGCGGCAGUCAGUUGACGAUGAGGAUGGCGGCGUGCCUAUGGAGGAGCCGGUCCAGGAUGCCUGGGAAAAGCCCGUCCUCGUCCACGAUGUAGCUCCGCGGAAGGAUACCAAGGAUGUGGUUGAUGGUACCAACUUCAAGGUCGGCGAGCCAGUGGACGAAAGAUUGGCCCUCUGUCCAUGGCACAACGUCCAGAGCUACCCGAACUGCUUUGUCGGAAAGGCAAACAAGACGGAUAACUUCUCGCCCCCAAGCUUCUAUUUUUAUGAUCCUGCCAAGGUUGAUGAGCGUCCGUACCUCUUCGUGCCGACAGCACAGUUCGAGGACUACCUCGACGACAUCAACGCCCGGCUGGACAUCCGUCUCAGCCUCCCUAACCGUGCAAACCUAGAGAGAUUCAUCCUCCGUUUCGAUAGGGGCAUGCCCCGCCCUCGCUACUGGAAGCGUGCUGUGGAGACCGAAGACAUUCGUCCCGAUGGUCCAUGGCCCGGCGUGUACGCCGCUGACAUUGACGUCUUCAACUCAGCCACUCUUCCAGCCAGGGACGAAUUGGUCCGCAAGCUCCGAUGUGCCCGGACUUCCCCCUUCAUUGAAGAGAAGAGGAGGAAGGCUAAGGAAAGAUCGGAGCAGAAGCGCGUCGAGAGAGGCCAGAUGCUCCACCAGACGCAGGUGCUCUUUGGACUGAGGGGGGAGGAUGGCGAAGAACAGGAAAAGGUGUGGGACACGAAUGGAAGCAAGGCCAUCGAGAGGCCCGUAUUUGUCUGCUUCGAUAUCGAGGCUUUCGAACGUCCGCCCAACCCCGUCUCCGAAGUGGGAAUCGCCGUCUUCGAUAGCCAGCUUGUCAACGAGGUCCCCCACGGCACCUGCGGGAGGGACUGGUGGCCUGUGAUCAAGGCACACCACCUCCGGAUCAGGGAGUACUCGGGUCUCGUAAACCGCGUCUUCGUCAAAGGGUGUCCCGGUGACUUCAACUUUGGGUGA